AUGUCUGUAGUUCAUUCCAUUGUUGGAUCCAAGGGACCAUCAAAUCACGCUCGUGUCAUCUCUGUUGGUACAGGUGCAUACAAACCAGACGGAACAUUCACUGGAACCAUCGUACAAGCCGGUGACACCGUUUUGAUUUCACCAAAUGCCAAGACACAAGUCAUCCCAAUCGAAGAUAAAACCUACUAUUUACUCAAUGAACACGAUAUAAUGGGAAUCAUCGAGAAUAAAUAA